AUGAAUAGUUCGGGUACUGGUGAUCAGCGCGUCCGCCGAGACGGAAGGCGACGAGCCCCUGACGCCGAGCAGUGGCCUGAUGAAGGAUCGGUGGACUACGGUGGCGUCCCACCGGGAAGAAACACCCCGGUGGUGUCUGAAGACGGAGAGAAUAGGCAGAAGGAGGGCAGGCGGUCAAAGAGAAAGACGAGGGAAACCCUAAACACGCUCUUCGGCUCACAGCUGAAAGUCCUAGGCUCCCCAGAUAGUAGGAACGAGACAGGAGCGGCGGGAGUCGCCUUCGUGAUCAGCAAAAGAUACUUCGGAGACAAAGAAGUGUCAAUAGAUGUACUAGUGCCUGGAAGAGCAAUACGCGCGACCACGCAAUGGUCACCGGGGAAAAACAUAACAGUACUAAACGUAUACGCACCAAAUAGCGCAAGCGAGAAUGCGGACUUCUGGAAUAAAGUACAAGAUGAAAUCCGGAGCACGGGACACCCCAAACCGGACGUUAUACUAGGAGACUUCAAUGUCGUGGAAGACGCGCUUGACAGGGCGCCUGCACAUCCGGACCCACACCCAGCCACUGAGGCACUAGCGUCGCUGAUGAACUACGCAAACAUGGUAGACUCAUGGCGACAUGCGCACCCUACGGUCAAACGCUACACGUUCAACCAAACUGGGAUGGUAAGCCAGUCGCGGCUUGACAGAAUCUACCUGUCCAAGAAACUAGUAAACGCCGCGGCAGACUGGGAAAUGAAGGAAGCAGGCAUACAAACCGACCACCAGCUGGUAAGCCUGACGCUAGCGAACUACGACGCGCCUGCAAUAGGUCCUGGCAGAUGGGCGAUGCCAACGCACCUCCUGAGCGAUAAACAAUUCAUAGACAAAAUGCGUGCCCUUGGGAACGAGCUCCAAGAUAAGCUCCAGGCUUGCGCGGUAAGGACUGAAGAGGAUAACCCGCAAACGAUAUUCGCAGCCUUCAAACAACGAUUAGUAGGAGAAGCGAGAAGCCGCCUAAAAAUCCGGGCAUCAGUCAUGGACAAAAAACUCAAAGAGCUUAGGCAAAUGCUUGCUGAUCAUAAAGCUUGCGGAAGCAGAAGAAGUGGAGGGCGUGAUAGUAGCCCUGGAUCAGGAGAAAGCCUACGACAGGAUUAA